AUGGCACCCACCUGGAACACGACCAACCCCGAUGAGCAGCAGAUUAAGGAAGCUUUCGCGGCAUUGAGCCGUGUGACAGACAAGGUCGUUCUUCCAUCCGCCGCGCCAGGCCAAUCUAAUCGCUUCAUCUUGCGAUCCAAGAGCCUAUAUGACUUUCAGGCCUAUGUCUUGAGCGGAAGAGACAUCCCUGCGAACCACCAGAUGUUCGAAGCCAGACUGUCUAGAACCGCUUUCCGAAAGCUCUCUGAUUUCGAUCCCGAGGUCCAGCAUCUUACCCAGGAGGUCAUGGUUAGCACAGGCGUUGCUUGUUCGACUUUUCAUCAAAACCACCUUGCCGAGCUUGUGAUGGCUGGUCAAGCUGCCGUGCAAUUCAGCGAUACCACCUUCGACUUGCUGGUGAAUCAGGAAGAAAUCAAUCUGCUUCACCAUCUUAGCAUCCUUACAGAUGAGAAGUACACUGCAUUUAAUAGAGUUGAUGAGGAAUACCGCGAAGCCAAAGAGGCAGCCCAGAUGGUUCUAAGCAUACUUAAUGAAGAAGCCAGAGACAAACAUAGGCGUACUGAAAACAUCACGCAGAGUCUUAUUAUGUUCUCGAACGAUACUCGCCACAGUCAAUCUCAGUUUGAGUAUCUCAACAGGCAGUUUAAGACUGGACCGGUUGUGAACCAGGCCGCAGAUAAGAGAACUCCUUACCUCGAAUAUCUCAACAAGGACCUCGCCGCAAGCCUUGCCACUUUCAGUAACGUGGUGAAAAACGAGGUUGAACACGUCGAUUUGGAGAAGAACACUGCUACUGCAAUUGGUACCUACCGGUACGUUGGUCUUGGAAGGGUCGCCAUCAGCCUCGAAUCGGCCAAUUCCGGGGCGUUGCGUGGUGCGCACGAAAACCUGCAAAGCCAAGUCUCAAGGUACCGACAGGAAGCACAAGAAGAAACCGACCUUAUCAUCUUUGUGAGUGAAGUGCUAGCUCAACGCAGCGGAAUCGACAAGAAGCUAGCGGACACCAUCUCUGCCAUGAUGGAGCUCAGCUCCCUCUUUCGCAAUCAAUCUGAAUGCUACGAGAAGAUUUCUCAGUUUGUGCAACGGAUACAACCCAGCCAAGACCUGGUGGCCCUGAAGUCCCGCAAAAUGUUCGUCCAGUACCAUGUAGAAACUUGCGCCAACAAGCUCCGAGAACUCAAGGCUGUGGCCCAGGAGUUCACUAGAAGCUUUGACGAACAAGGAUUCUAA